AUGCCCGCUCUGAAGUCGGCACAGUCCCUUGACAAGCUCAACGGCCGCACCGUGCUGGUCGACAUGGACAACACCAUCGUGGAUUGGGAUGCCGAGUUCAUCCGCCGCUAUGCCGCCGCUUGCGGCCGGGAUCCGCAGGAGGUAGAGAAGAUCGUCCGCAACCGUGCAAAGUUCGAGAUCGAGGAGAACUUCCCCGAGGCCGAGCGUGCAAAGGUCCUGGAGACGGUGGCUUCGCCGGGCCUCUACGAGAGCCUGAAGCCGCUUCCUGGUGCCGUCGAGGCUUUGCAGGCACUGGUGGCUGAGGGCGUGGAUGUGAAGCUCGUCACAGCGCCUCACCCCACCUGUGCGGGGACCUGUGCGUUGGAGAAGUACCUCUCAGUCGAGCAGAUCUUUGGAACUGCCUUCCAGGAGCGUUUGAUCAUCACAAGGGACAAGACCCAGGUGCAGGGAGACAUCCUCAUUGAUGACAAGCCGAAGAUCUCGGGCUGCAAGCCGUGCCCUUGGAAGCAUGUGCUCUUCAGCCAGUCCUACAACCAAGACGUCCAGGGAAAGGUGCGGCUGUCGUCUUGGACUGCCUGGCGGGACGUGCUUCCCAGAGCAUUCUGA